UUUGUUUUCAUUGCGGUUAUUUUAAAUUAUUUCAUAUUAAGUGUUCUUUACAUAGCGUGAUUUCAAGUCAUAAUUGACCGACUUUAAAAUUAUUUUGUUUGAAGAAACUUUAUGGGAAUACUAAAUUAAUUUUUCCGCCCAUUGUUAUGGAUUGAUGGAGGAUGGUCAAGUUCAAACGCGAAACAGUAAUAUAAGCCCUAGAAUACAAAAUACAAUCAAAUAAUAUCUUUAUAUAGUGAAUGUUCUGAUCGCUGCUAGUCUAGAUUGGUUUCCAACGACAAAAUGUUUUUGAUAACAAUUUUUUUAAUUGUUACUGUAGUUGCUUUAAUAUAUUUGUUCUUAAUAUGGAACUCCAAUUAUUGGAAAAAACGAAACGUAAAUGGUCCUAAACCAAAUCCUUUCUAUGGAAGUUUUCCUAGCAUUUACACACAAAAACGUAAUAUAGUUAUGGAUAUGGAUGAUGUUUAUAGAAAGUACAAAAGAGAUGAAGAUUUCGUGGGUAUAUUUAACUGUAGAAGUCCUGCAUUGUUGGUUACAAGUCCGGAACUAGCUCGCAGAGUAUAUGUGACUGAUUUCAAACAUUUUCACGAUAAUGAAGCAUCUACUAUGGUUGAUAGUAAAUCCGAUUUUAUAUUUGCUAAUAAUCCGUUCAGUUUAAGAGGUGAGGAAUGGAAACAGCGUCGUGCAGAAGUGACACCGGGUCUUACGGCUAGUAGAAUAAAAACAGUUUAUCCAGUAACGACUAAGGUCUGCGACAGAAUGGUGGAGUACAUACGUAAACAAAUAAAAAUGGCACCUAAGGAUGGUGUUGAUGGUAAAGAUCUUUCCUUACGAUAUACAUCAGAAGUAGUUACAGAUUGUGUACUUGGUAUAAAUGCUGACAGUUUCUCUGAAAAUCCCAAACCCAUUCUAAAUAACAUCAAAAAUCUAUUUGAACAAUCUUAUGUAUUUAUUAUAUAUAUGGUAUUGGUUGGAUUCUUCCCAAUUUUGAAACAAUUUUAUAAGGUGCGAUUAAUACCAAAGCCUGUAGAAACAUAUUUCAUCAACCUUAUGGAAAGUGUUAUUGAGUUAAGAAAAAAGACUGAGCAGACGGAUCGUGUGGACUUUUUAAAUUAUAUGCUACAAUUACAACAGAAAAAGAAUCUUGAUACUAUGCAAUUGACUGCUCAUACCAUGACAUUUCUGUUGGAUGGAUUCGAAACGACUGCUGGUGUUAUAUCGCAUCUUCUUUUGCUUCUUGGACGAAAUAUUGAAAAACAAGAGAAAUUGCGUGCUGAAAUAUUGGAACACCUUCAGGGGGAUAGUAAUAUAGAUUUCGAUAAACUCAGCGAAUUACCUUAUCUAGACGCUUGUGUGCAUGAGGCGAUACGCAUAUUUCCUCCAGGCUUGUUAACAAGUAAGUUAUGCACAGAGCCAAUUGAGUUAACCAACAAGAAUGGGUCCAUACUAAAGGUACAAUUAGGAGAUGUCGUCUCUUUACCGCUGUACAGUUUAAUGCAUGACGAGGAGUAUUAUCCAAAACCUGAAGAGUUCAUACCGGAACGAUUUUCAGAAGAAACUGAUGGUGUGAAAAAAUAUCGUGAAAAGGGUGUUUACUUUGGUUUUGCAGAUGGUCCACGUGUUUGCUUAGGAAUGCGUUUUGCUUUAACACAGACGAAAGCUGCUAUUGUUGCCAUUUUGACUAACUUUAAUAUUUCUGUGAAUGAAAAAACCCGAAAAGAUAAUAAAUUAGAUCCCAAAUACUUUUUGGCUAGACUAGAUGGUGGAAUCUGGCUAAAUUUUGAGCAAAGACAUGUAAUGUAAAUUUUUGUUACUAUGUUUUUGUAGUUAGUUAGUAAAAUAAAUCAAUAUGUAAUUAAAUUUAAA